GACUGCGAAGUGCUUAAGCUAUCUAACUCAGACAUUCAAAAAAGAUUAACAAUGGUUAAGCAAGAAAUAGUUUAUCUGUCACAGGAACUCACCCAUUUAAACCAACAGCUAGCCGUAGACGAAAACACCAUGAAGGACAAUGAAGAAAGAAUAAACAUGAACACUCAAUUGCCUCACUUGAUUUCAAGAGUAGCAGAAAUCAUUGACAUGCCUGACGAUAACGCCAACGAUGCAGGUAUCGUAAACAAUUUAGCUCGAUCUAACAAUAAAUCUGUCAUAGUUAAAACUUCCCUCCGCCAAACAGUGUAUUUGCCUGCAGUAGGAAUAAUAUCUUCGGAUGACUUACAACUGAGUGAUCGUGUUGGUAUCAAUAAGGAUACUUAUUUAAUUUUAACGAAGCUUCCCCCGGAAUACGAUUCGCGGGCAAAAGUCAUGGAACUAGACGAGAAGCCCACCGAAACUUAUUCGGAUAUUGGAGGCUUGGAAAAGCAGAUCCAGGAGUUAAUAGAAGCAAUAGUCUUGCCCAUGACACAUGCAGAAAAAUUUGACAAGCUCGGCAUCAAAGCUCCUAACGGCGUUCUGAUGUAUGGGCCACCAGGAACUGGAAAGACUUUACUAGCAAGGGCUUGCGCAGCGCAAAGCAGCGCUACAUUUUUAAAGCUUGCAGGACCUGAACUUGUCCAAAUGUAUAUUGGCGACGGAGCUAAAAUUGUCAGAGACGCGUUUAAACUGGCUCGAGCAAAAGCACCAAGUAUAAUUUUUAUAGAUGAAAUAGAUGCAGUCGGAGUAAAAAGACAUGACGGUGAUUGUUUCGGGGACAGAGAAGUUCAACGUACUAUGCUUGAACUUUUAAAUCAACUGGACGGUUUCUCUAAUCAUGACGGUGUGAAAGUUAUAGCUGCUACGAACAGACCAGAUAUUUUAGAUCCUGCGCUAAUGCGUAGUGGACGUUUAGACCGAAAAAUCGAGUUUAGUUUGCCAGAUGAAACCGCUCGCGUCAGAAUUUUCGAAAUUCAUUCGCGAAAAAUGUCGAUCAAUAAAGAAGCUAUUUCAUUUGUCGAACUUUCUCGAAUCACUGAAGGUUUUAACGCAGCGCAGAUUCGAGCUUGUUGCGUGGAAGCCGGUAUGGCAGCACUCAGACUUAACUCAACAACAAUUGUACACGAACAUUUUUUAGAAGCAAUAAACGUUGUUAAGUCUAAGAAAAAGUGUGAUCAGAACUAUUUUGCUUAG